UGCUGUCAGAGCAGGUUUGUCUUCCAACCAAAGGAAAUCGCGCUGGAGAAAUAGAGGUGGAGAGAGAAUCAGGGAGAGAGGUAAAUUGGCCAGCUCGAGCUCUCCCGGAUUUCCACCUGACUGUUCGGGAAGCGGGACACUGGGACAGGCAAAAUGUUGAGUUUGGGGAGCGGAGGAGCGAAGUCUACUAAACCGUCGUUUGUGUCUUAUGUUACCCCCGAGGAAAUAAAAUCGGAGAAAGACCCAUCGAAGCAAGAGAAACAUCCCGAUUUGCUACCAGGUGAAGUGGAGUUCUGUAGCGCCAACCCCAUUCUCAAAUACACUCAAGAUGAUCUCUCCCAGCGUGGCGUCUUCGGCACAUUGUUCUGCACCAAUUUUCGUGUUACUUUCAUUAGUGACGAGAGACCACUGGAGAAGAAGGCCAAGACCUUUAAGAACAAACUCUACGGAGAAAAUGACAUUCCAUUAAUGUGUGUGGAUCACAUCUACGGUGUUUAUGAGGAAAAGAGAAAACCGAUAACAGGAGCCCUUGUGAAAAACAAAAAUCCAUCCAAAAUGAUCAUUCACUGUAAAGACCUCCGAGUCUUUCAGUUCUGUCUAACUUACAGCAAGGAGGAAGAUGCCAGAAAGAUCUUUCAGGGUAUUGCUCACCAUUGUUUGGAGGAGAAAUCCCUGAAGUGUGUCUUUGCCUUUUCCUAUAUGGGGACACCAAGCCCAAGCCCAGAAAUGCCGCGGAAACAGGAGACCAUUAUGUUUGACUCAACAGAGGACUGGACCCGGGAAAUGAAACGGACAAAGGCGAACUGUAGAUUAGUCAUUGAAAACGAGAACUUUGAACUCUCUCAAAGGUUACCGAAGUACUUUGUCAUCCCAUUAGCGAUAGGGGAUUUAUUCAGCUACCAAGGAAAGGGAUUACCAAUUUGGUGUUGGUCUCAUUACAGCGGUUGUGCUCUCUUCAAAGCAUCUUUCCUGCCUGUGACACAGGAAGAUGGGGAUUUCCAAAAGCACUUGGACACAAUGAUAAAUGCAGUUGCACAUAAUCACCUGUACUCUGUAAAAACAGAAGACCUCUCAGAAUCACUUCCUAAUAUCCAAGACAUCCAGCAGUCAUAUAACAAGUUCAAACAGUUCUUUCUUAUCGAAAAUUCAACCGAUUUUUGGUUGUCAGAUGUGAAAUGGUUCUCUUCCAUUGAAAGCUCAGGAUGGCUAGACAUUAUUAGACAAUGUCUCCAAAAAGCAGUAGAGGUGGUUGAAUGCCUGGAAAAGGACAACACAAAUGUUCUUAUAACAGAGGAAGAGGGAACAGAUCUGUGCUGUGUGAUCUCCAGUCUGGCUCAGAUAAUGCUGGACCCUUAUUACAGAACACUGAUGGGUUUCCAGAGUCUAGUUCAGAAGGAGUGGGUGGCUGGUUGCCAUGCCUUCCUGGAUCGAUGUAAUCGCCUCCAUCUGAAAGACAAGGAGUGUCAUUCUCCAGUCUUCCUCCUGUUCCUGGAGUGCGUGUGGCAGCUUGUUCAGCAGCACAGCCCAGCCUUCCAGUUCUCCGAAACAUACCUAACUGUGCUGUCCGACAGUGUUCACGUGCCAAUCUUUAGCACCUUUCUGUUUAACUCUGCCCAUCACAGAGAAAAUAUUAUGAAGGCAGAGUCACCGCUUGCACAAAGCAGCCCAUUGAGCUGCCCUACAGUGUGGGACUGGUCUGUGCAGUUUGACAGCAAGGCCCAGAAUUUCUUCUUUAACCCCUUGUAUUUAGAAAAGGUGAAACAUGACAGAGCUGUACGCAAACCUCACAAGCCUAAGCACCAAAGACAUUUAUCCUUACCCAGUUCAGCUUUCAAAACCCCACUGAAGAAAGGUUUCUUUAAGGACGAGGCCGAUAGCCUUAAAAAGAUGCUACGAGUGAAGCGUCUCAGUCGCUGGAGGGGCUCUCCGGAUGCCCCCGCUGCCACCACCCGCGAGUUCUACGAGUCCUGGCAGAACCGUCCUCUGGACUAUCACGGCCUCCUGCUCCCCUAUCUGGACGGACCGGCUGUCCGUGUCUGGAUGCAGCGCUACCUGCGCUGGAUACCGGAGGUGUACAUCCUGGGCGGAGGCUCCAUGGCCGUCAUGACCAAGCUUAUGGAGCUUCAAAAUCAGGUGCAGGAUCUGAAGCGUGUGCUGGAGGAAAGAGACCCAUCACAAGCUGCUGAACUUGAUCACCGUCCAUACCUUCAGCAACGGCUGCUCUCAUUCGACUCCUCAGGACGACUGUCAUCCUCAUUUCCCUUCGCUUACACCCGCAGCCGAAAUUUCAAGCCCAGCAUUCCUAUAGCUCUGAUGCAAAGCCUUAUGUUAACUGACAGCCUAGCCUGUCAGGAAGAUGAGGCCAGUUCGUUUGUGAGUUUUGUUUAACUGAGUCUUUUUUUCAUCCAUUUUUUUUAUAUUUGUUCAUUAAUUAUUAUAAUAUAAUGUUAUGAGGUAAAUACGGGAUUAUAGUGGCCUUGCCAGAUUCUAAUUAGGUGCUUAAAGUGCCUUUGGUGCUAAAGCGGGUCCUUUUGGAAAGUAAAACAGGCUUUUGUCAAACCACAUGUGCCCUACUGUAUCAAAAACAUAAUAUGAGGCUUAGGACAGGAUGUAAGCUCUUUUAUUUUUGAUGUUCUUCACGGAACAAUACCUAGAAUUGUUCUCUUGCUCAUCACAAAACAGGAACAGGAUAUAGCCCUGAGCUUCCAGCCUUUCCACAGUGCAGUGUUACAUAACAUUAUUACACAGUAACAUUCCAAAUCGUAUUCCAUUCCAGUGGUGUAUGAAUGGAUGAAACUAUCCUGAAUAACAGCAGCCAUUAUAAGAGUAACAAAUACAUCUGACUUCCACACUUUUCUGACUCCUCACACAUAACUCUACUCAGUGGUCUCUGUAUCUAAAGAAGGUUAGCCAAGGAAAAUAGUGUGGAGCCAUCUACAGGUUUAUUAUUGUUACUGCUGCAUUUAAAAUGUAUUGAAGAUGAGAGUAUACUCACUGAGGUCUGAUGUGACCGCUCAUUUCUUUUCCCUAGAUGCCUAGUCAGCCUUCGGGUUAAAAGAUGUUUAAUAAGGGCUUUUUUGUUUUGUUUUUUCUUAAGAAAAUGUAAGAAAACAGGAAGUAUGGAACAUUACAUGAGAUCAGCUGUCUCGGAGUUUCAGUGCGUUGUUGCACAAUGUACAUUGUGUGGCUCUUAGACAUCCAGUGAAUGGCUGGCUCUUAUUUUAGUAGUACAUUAAGACUGAACGAUUAAAAAAAAUACACAAAGCUGAUUAUUAAUAGCAUCACAUUUAUACCACAACAGGAUUCAACUGCCCUAUAUAUAGAUAGAUAGAUAGUUAGAUAGAUAUAUGGAAAAUCAUAGUACACUGCAAACUUCUGAAAAUAUACUUAUUUAAACACACAAGCUAAUGUAAAAUUGGAUUUGUGCACAUUUUCUUAUUUUCCUUUCUGAGGUGCCUGCAGGACUACUGCCACAAAUCAACAGGCUCUUCGUUCUUCCAGCAUUUGACAUGUAAUGAAACUGAUGUAAGCAAUGAACUGUUAUUUGCUGGCAAAAGUGUGGAGAAUGCUCUUUUUGAGAAUUUAGUUUUUGUUUACACCUUUUGAUCCGUGUUUUGCACUACUGCUCCUUGCCAGUCGAUCACUGUUACCUGAACAGUCAGCUGUAGAUCUGAUUCUGUUCAGUUCAGUUCAGCACCUAUCUUGUGUUUUGCAAGUGAUUGCAUGCUGGAUUUGAAACUUGAACUUAAUACUGUACAGUUGUUUUGUAUUUUUCUAUAGCUAACUUUUAACUGUCAACGUUUAAUUAUCAAAGUUUGGCCUUAAAAUAUAUGAAGUAUAUCAGAUUGCUUUAUUUUGGACCACUGACUUAAAAAUGAUAAUUGUUCAUGUUAAAGAAGCAUUAAACACUCUUUUAUAUUUACUUGAGAAAUAUGUCACUCGCUGUUAUUGUCCACAGUGUAUGAUUGAAAUAAAAGACUGUUUUGCAA